AUGGCCAGCGACGUAGGCUCUCCCCGAAGGGAGCAAACACCUUCCGGAGCUGCCACGACGGUCCCUCAGAAGCGCACACUUGAAGACGAUCACAGUCCGGCAGUUCCAUCACCCCUAAACCCAGAUAACAAGGCCGCUCCAAGAGUCCAAAUACAGGCACCCGAAGACACCCAGCAAGCAGCUGUUCUAAACCGCGAAAAGAGAACAAAGAAGGACUCCUUCAAGAAGAGAGAGGCCAAGGCAGCAGCAGGCGGUUCCGAUAGUUCUAGAGCAACUCCAGACCCGAAGCAGCAACACAAGGAGCCCUCGAUCAACGAAUUGCUCCCCGCGCGCUAUAAGCUCGCUCCGCCCAAACUUACUGAUUUCGAGCCCGCUCGUGGUCCCAUCUUCACCAGCCAUCAUGAGGUUCAAGGGCCUGAGGGCGAGACCAUCGAGUUCUUUGAUGCAACGGAACAUGUCUUCAACAAGCGAGCGUUCCAUUACACCCACUGCAUAGCCGACCCAACGUUUCCUUCCAUGUUCUACUAUCGCCAGACCGAGACCGAGCCGUACGCUGCCCACAUGGCCUUCGAGGACUCUGCCUCCCACGUAUACUUUGACCGACAGGGUCGUCAUGUCACCACCGACAAGGGCUUCCGUAUGUCACGAGCCAACGUGGCCGUGCGAGAGGGCAGGUGGUAUUGGGAGUGCAAGGUCACUCGAGGCACCCUGCGCGAGCCAGGUUCUGAAGGUGAUACCAAGGCGCAUGGGCACGUUCGCGUGGGCUGGGCGCGGCGCGAGGCCUCUCUCGACGCCCCCGUCGGGUUCGAUUGCUACAGUUAUGGUAUUCGAGACGUGGCUGGACAAAAGGUGCACAUGUCACGGCCGAAAGACUUCUUCCCGCCUGGCGAGGAGAUCAAAGAAGGAGAUGUGAUCGGGCUGGAGAUCCAGCUUCCUUCGGAACACCUACACAGGAAGAUUGUAACGGGGCAUUAUAACCCUGCGGUCGACUUGGCAGACGACGAACCAUCGCUCGAGGCACCCAACAUUAUCCGGGACCGAAUCCCCAUUCGAUUCAAACAACACAUUUAUUUUGAGAAGAUCGACUACCAUACAACCAAGGAGCUUGAAGACCUGUUCAGUCCCGCGCCGGUAGCAUCGGCAAGCUCAAACUCGCCGGAACCGCCGAACCCAAAUCACCCAUUGCCGUCGCUACGGACACUGCCGAACUCGUACAUCAAAAUUUACAAAAAUGGAAAGGACAUGGGCACGCCUUGGACUGACCUCUUCGCCUUCCUACCACCCGCAUCAAAACAAAGUACUCAGUCAGGGGCACACGCCGGCAGAGAAGCUCUCGACGACGGAACCGUCGGAUACUACCCAGCCGUAAGCGUUUUCCGCGGUGGCGCCGUCGAGGUGAACUUUGGCCCAGACUUCUGGUUCCCACCACCUGGGUCUGGUCUUCCCCAGAAGCAGCAGAACGGGGUAGGCGAUGAGGACGACGUGGACAUGCUUGACGACGGUAGUGUGCCCAAUCAAGAACCCCUGCGCCCGGUGUCGGGCCGCUACGAGGAGCAGAUAGUCGAAGAUAUCGUCUACGACAUUAUCGAUGAAGUUGGCUUCUGGGCCCAGGACGGCGGCAAGGUGAUUGACCGUUUCAACCUCACGGCGAAGGACGCCGAGAAGUUGCUGGCGACGGGUGGGGGCGGGGCGCAAUUGUUGCCUGGUGGGCGGGACGAAAUCAAGGAGCUUGUCCAGGAUGAUUAG